AUGGCGGUGCCGGCUCGGACCUGCGGCGCCUCUCGGCCCGGCCCAGCGCUGACUGCGCGCCCCUGGCCCGGCUGCGGCCCCCAGCCUGGCCGCGGCGCCCGGCGCCCGCUGUCACUGCUGCUGCCUUCGCUGCUGCUUCUACCGUUGCUCGCCGCCCCCGGCACCUCUGCCUACAGCUUCCCCCAGCAGCACACAAUGCAGCACUGGGCCCGGCGCCUGGAGCAGGAGGUCGACGGCGUAAUGCGGAUUUUCGGAGGCGUGCAGCAACUCCGCGAGAUCUACAAGGACAACCGGAACCUGUUUGAGGUACAGGAGAACGAGCCUCAGAAGUUGGUGGAGACGGUGGCAGGGGACAUCGAGAGUCUUCUGGACAGGAAGGUGCAGGCCUUGAAGAGAUUGGCCGAUGCUGCAGAGAACUUCCAGAAAGCCCACCGCUGGCAGGACAACAUCAAGGAGGAAGACAUCAUGUACUAUGACGCCAAGGCCGAUGCCGAGCUGGACGACCCUGAGAGUGAGGAUGUGGAAAGGGGGUCUAAGGCCAGCACCCUAAGGCUGGAUUUCAUCGAGGACCCAAACUUCAAGAACAAGGUCAACUAUUCAUACACGGCUGUGCAGAUCCCCACGGACAUCUACAAAGGCUCCACCGUCAUCCUCAAUGAGCUCAACUGGACGGAGGCCCUGGAGAACGUGUUCAUUGAAAACCGCAGGCAAGACCCCACGCUGCUGUGGCAGGUCUUUGGCAGUGCCACAGGAGUCACCCGCUACUAUCCAGCCACCCCGUGGCGAGCCCCCAAGAAGAUCGACCUGUAUGACGUCCGAAGGAGACCCUGGUAUAUCCAGGGGGCCUCAUCGCCCAAGGACAUGGUCAUCAUCGUGGAUGUGAGCGGCAGUGUGAGCGGCCUGACCCUGAAGCUGAUGAAGACGUCCGUCUGCGAGAUGCUAGACACACUCUCUGACGACGACUAUGUGAAUGUGGCCUCGUUCAACGAGAAGGCGCAGCCUGUGUCAUGCUUCACACACCUGGUGCAGGCCAACGUGCGUAACAAGAAGGUGUUCAAGGAAGCUGUGCAGGGCAUGGUGGCCAAGGGCACCACAGGCUACAAGGCCGGCUUUGAGUAUGCCUUUGACCAGCUGCAGAAUUCCAACAUCACUCGGGCCAACUGCAAUAAGAUGAUCAUGAUGUUCACGGAUGGCGGUGAGGACCGCGUACAGGACGUCUUCGAGAAGUAUAAUUGGCCCAACCGGACGGUGCGCGUGUUCACUUUCUCCGUGGGGCAGCAUAACUACGACGUCACACCCCUGCAGUGGAUGGCCUGCGCCAACAAAGGUUACUAUUUUGAGAUCCCUUCUAUUGGAGCCAUCCGCAUCAACACGCAGGAAUAUCUAGACGUGUUGGGCAGGCCCAUGGUGCUGGCGGGCAAGGAGGCCAAGCAGGUGCAGUGGACCAAUGUGUACGAGGACGCACUGGGGCUGGGGUUGGUGGUGACAGGGACCCUCCCUGUUUUCAACCUGACACAGGAUGGCCCUGGGGAAAAGAAGAACCAGCUGAUCCUGGGCGUGAUGGGCAUCGAUGUGGCUCUGAAUGACAUCAAGAGGCUGACUCCCAACUACACACUUGGAGCCAACGGCUAUGUGUUUGCCAUUGACCUGAACGGCUACGUGUUGCUGCACCCCAAUCUCAAGCCCCAGACCACCAACUUCCGGGAACCUGUGACUUUAGACUUCCUGGAUGCAGAGCUGGAGGAUGAGAACAAGGAAGAGAUCCGUCGGAGCAUGAUCGAUGGCAACAAGGGCCACAAGCAGAUCAGAACAUUGGUCAAGUCCUUGGAUGAGAGGUACAUAGACGAGGUGAUGCGGAACUACACCUGGGUGCCUAUCAGGAGCACCAACUACAGCCUAGGGCUGGUGCUCCCGCCGUAUAGCACCUUCUACCUCCAAGCCAACCUCAGCGACCAGAUCCUGCAGGUCAAGUAUUUUGAGUUCCUGCUCCCCAGCAGCUUUGAGUCUGAAGGACAUGUUUUCAUUGCUCCCAGAGAGUAUUGCAAGGACCUGAAUGCCUCAGACAACAACACCGAGUUCCUGAAAAACUUCAUUGAGCUCAUGGAGAAAGUGACUCCAGACUCCAAGCAGUGCAACAACUUCCUUCUGCACAACCUGAUCUUGGACACAGGCAUCACACAGCAGCUGGUGGAGCGUGUGUGGCGGGACCAGGAUCUCAACACGUACAGCCUGCUGGCCGUGUUCGCUGCCACAGACGGCGGCAUCACCCGAGUCUUCCCCAACAAGGCAGCUGAGGACUGGACAGAGAACCCUGAGCCCUUCAAUGCCAGCUUCUACCGCCGCAGCCUGGAUAACUAUGGUUAUGUCUUCAAGCCCCCACACCAGGAUACCCUGUUAAGGCCACUGGAGCUGGAGAACGACACAGUGGGCAUCCUCGUCAGCACAGCUGUGGAGCUCAGCCUAGGCGGGCGCACACUGAGACCAGCAGUGGUGGGCGUCAAGCUGGACCUAGAAGCUUGGGCUGAGAAGUUCAAGGUGCUAGCCAGCAACCGUACCCACCAGGACCAGCCUCAGAAGUGCGGCCCCAGCAGCCACUGUGAGAUGGACUGUGAGGUUAACAAUGAGGACCUACUCUGUGUCCUCAUUGAUGACGGGGGAUUCCUGGUGCUGUCAAACCAGAACCAUCAGUGGGACCAGGUGGGCAGAUUCUUCAGUGAGGUGGAUGCCAACCUGAUGCUGGCACUCUACAAUAACUCCUUCUACACCCGCAAGGAGUCCUACGACUAUCAGGCGGCCUGUGCCCCUCAGCCCCCUGGCAACCUGGGUGCUGCACCCCGGGGUGUCUUUGUGCCCACCAUUGCGGACUUCCUUAAUCUGGCCUGGUGGACCUCUGCUGCCGCCUGGUCCUUGUUCCAGCAGCUUCUCUACGGCCUCAUCUAUCACAGCUGGUUCCAAGCGGACCCCGCGGAGGCCGAGGGGAGCUCCGAGACGCGCGAGAGCAGCUGCGUCAUGAAACAGACCCAGUACUAUUUCGGUUCUGUGAACGCCUCCUACAACGCCAUCAUCGACUGCGGAAACUGCUCCAGGCUGUUCCACGCGCAGAGACUGACCAACACCAACCUUCUCUUCGUGGUGGCGGAGAAGCCGCUGUGCAGCCAGUGUGAGGCCGGCCGGCUGCUGCAGAAGGAGACACACUGUAUCCUGCCCCCGCCCUCCCCGCAGCGCACCCCCUCCUGCCCCGCGCGCCCCCUCCGUGCUGCCGCCGCCGCCUCCUUGACUCCCCACCCAUGCCCAGCGGACGGCCCGGAGCAGUGCGAGCUGGUGCAGAGACCGCGGUACCGGAGAGGCCCGCACAUCUGCUUCGACUACAACGCGACGGAAGAUACCUCAGACUGCGGCCGCGGAGCCUCCUUCCCGCCGUCGCUCGGCGUCCUGGUCUCUCUGCAGCUGCUGCUCCUCCUAGGCCUGCCGCCCCGGCCGCAGCCCCAAGCCCACGCCCACGCCUCUCGCCGCUUCUGAGCGCCCCGCCUCCGCCCGGCCUCCUCGCCUCUCUCCCGCCCUCCCGCCCGCACUCCCUCCCUUCGAGCCUCGCCCCUCCCUCACUGAAGGACCUGAGCUCCCAGGCCCUGAGUCUGCACCUUGGGGUGGAGGAGGCCUAAGGAGGACGCCGCAGGUCUUUGGCACUCAAGCUCCGUUUCACCACUGAACUGCUCAAGUGUCCCCAGACCAUUCAUUCCCGCUGGGUUCACCCUGGUAGUAUAAGACAGGGAGGCCACAUGUACUGGUGCCAAACCAGGCCUCUGCUGCCUGCCCUGCCUGGAGACUCCCUAUGUGUGGGGGACCCUGCCUCAGCUGGACCCUCUAACCUGGCUCUUCUGUCCCGCCCAAACUUGGUUUCUGUGAGAACAAUGGAGGAAGGUGAGAUGGGCAGUUUGAGGCCUGUGCACCCCAGGUUAAAUCCUAGCAGGACAGAGGUCCUGGGGCAGCCCACAGUGGGCUUCUGCCCUUCUCAGGCCUACAGCCCUGUCUCCCCCAAGCCCAGGGCAGGUGUAAGGACAGUCACAGUGAUACAGAUUUAGAUACAAUCCCAUGCAUACCUGGAACCCUGAGGUCAGAAACUGGACCCACAUUAGACAUAGGGCACAUACACACACAGACACGCACACACCAUAGGGUGGAGUAGGGGUGGGGGCACACAAAGCCUUAUACAGAGCGAGGGGUUGGUGGGAGGGUAGGCACCUGCACACUCCAUCUCCUGCUUACCAGCCCCUCUGAUCUGAGCUGCAGCCCAGCUGGUCCUCCCAUCUGUAAAGCUGAAUGUCAAACAGUGCCAAAUGCUGGGGCAGGGGGUAAAGAACUCUGUCCCACCCCUAGCCACCAGUGUCCCCCAAGUGCCCCUCACCUCUCCAGGUGCUCAUUAUAACCAUUUCUCAUUAGUGUUGGCCCCCAGUGGGACCACAUGCCACUGCCUGCACCCCUCAGCAAAGGAACCCCAUGAGACAUUGCCCUUUGUCUUAGCAGGGGUGACUUAGUCUCUCCUGGCUGGGCCAUUCCACCCCCAAUCUGGCCCUUACACAGUCAGGCCUGUGCCCACUCCCUCUCUCCUCCCACACAUCCACACACACUCCCUGCCCCCAGGAGGCCAAACUGCCCCUCCCCUGCUGAACACACACUUGUACACACACAUACACACACACAUACUGUGCACACACAGAGGUGGGGCCUGGGCACAGCUUUUCACACCAUUCAUUCUGGUCAUUUCCCCCAAAGGCAUCCCAGUUUGGGGGCCAGUGGGGGAACUGAGGGCAAGGGGAUGUAGCCAUGGGGCUCAGAUGGAUUGGGAGAAGGGGGGAGGGUGAUGCAUUAAUUAAUGGCUCCGUUAAUUAAUGUCAUGUUGCUUGUCGCUUUCUCAGUAUGUGUGUAUGGUCCAUGCCCGCCGCUGGUGCCAGGGUGGGUGUCCAUGAUGUGCGCCCAGCCUGGAUGCCAUUGUGUCCGGCGGGGCCAUGUGUGUAACUGUAGUGUAGUCAGGUGCUCAAUGGAGAAUAUAAAAAUAAAAAAAGAAACAUAUACAGAAAAAUAAAUAUAUUUUAAGUUUAAAAAACAGAAAAACAGACAAAACAAUCCCCAUCAGGUAGUUGUCCAUCCCCCAGCUGGGUCUUAUUCUUCUCAUCACCCACCUGACCUGGCUGCCCCCUUACCUUGGGCUGGGGGAUUAGGGGGCCAUUUCCUUUUCUCUGCCCUUUUUUUUUUUUGUUGUUGUUCUAUUUUGUACAGAAGUCGGAAAAACAACAGCGACAAAAAAGUCAAGAAACUUUGUAAAAUAUUGUGUGUGUGAUUCCUUGUAAAAUAUUUUCAAAUGGUUUAUUACAGAAGAUCAGUUAUUAAAUAAUGUUCAUAUUUUCACUUCA